GGGAACGAAUCAUCCUGAACUAUAUGAAUAAAUCGAAAUGAAAUUACUGCAUUUUUCCAAGUAGCAAGCAUAUCAAAAAUGGAAAAAAAUUAAUGAAAAAAAAAAACACACAGUGAAUGCUCGAAAGAGAAGCCCUUUGAAACCUCUGCCAUUGCUUGGAUUAGAAUCAAAGUCAGAGAGAGAUGGGGGGGGAGAGCUAACGUUCAUGUCAAACUUUCAGGUUAAAAAUUCAAAACUCCAUUCCAUUGCUUUCCACUGGACUUCCCACCUCACCCACCUCCGAAAGAGGCCUCUCAACUAGAAAAGAAACAAGGGAACAUCCUCUUCUGUGUAAGAAAAACUUCACAACAAUGUAAAGAGACUCUUCCACUUCUCUUUCUGAAGAGUUUGAGGGCACUGGAACUUGGUUCCAGCACAGAGGAACAGCAUGGCUAAGAGGUCGGAAUUUGCACAGAAGCUGUUAGACGAUCUCCGGUUGAGGAAGGAACGAAUGGCUGUGUCUCAGAGCUCAAAAGGUUCGAAAUCAGCUGCUCCAGAUGUAUAUGCCAAUUCCAAGCAAACUCACAGAGGAUCCAUAGAAAUGAAGACCCAUAAAAGUAAUGGCAUUAGGAGUGGAAGCGCGCACAAUAAAACUAGUGGAAGCAAUAGAACACUCUCCCGUGGAGAAACUUCAACAGAGAUUGUUCCUUAUGGGAAAGGUCGAAGCUCGAAGCAAAUAGGAGAUCUGUCCAUGGCACUGGCUUUUGCCCUUGAGAAUGGUGGAAAACUCAGAAGAAUGGAUUCGUCUGGCAAUAGUUCAAUGCUAGGUUUCCUGCAUCAAAUUGGCAGAAGAUCAGUGGAAGUGGGGAGGAUGGAAAGAAGUGGUAUUGAUAGACAUGACACUUCAAGCAACCGUUUCCCUACCCUCUCGCAUAUCCACAUCAAAGAAAUAUCAAAAGGUGCACAGAAGUUACAUCAGAUCCUGAGAGCUUGUUCAAAUGGCCUUAACUUUGAAUCAUAUUCAAUAGAAAUUGGCAAGGAACUACUCAAAGGGGCCAUGGAUUUGGAAGAGUCUUUGAGGAUGCUUGUAAACCUGCAAGAAGCUUCAGAAUAUAUGAUCACCCCACAGAGCAAAACUCGUAUCACGUUGCUUGAUGAGGAUGACGACGACGAUGAAGACAACUUCGUCAGAGCAGCUGAGCAUAAACAACUUGCUCUGCCAAGGUUCUCCUUUGACAAGCCCUCAAGAAAUUCUCAUCACAUUCAGGAAGUUGCAAGGACUGAUCUCAGGCAGAGGCUAAUGGCUCUGACUUAUUCAUCAGAAGCUACAAAUUUCAACCAUGAUAAACACAUUUUACGCACCUCAAAUUCAGCUUCUCACAAGAAAUCGUCUAGCCAUGGCUCCACGUCAAAGACUUCAGCAGCAUUAUCUGAACAGAAGAACCAGUCGAGUUCAUCAAAAUCCAAACCAGAAAAGGUGAGAAUUCCAAAUGUAAUUGCAAAACUAAUGGGCCUGGAGGAGGUUCCAGAAAAUGCAGAUUCAAAACACGCAAAGAAAGAGUCAAGUCCCAAGCAGAAAACUGAAAGGAAUGUCACAAAUAAAUCUGCAGAAGGAAGCACUACACGAGAACGCGGGACAAAAGAUGCUGAGAAUUCAGUGUUCACAGUAAGAAAACAAAAACAGAUGCAGCCCAAUCAAAUUAAGAUGCUCCAGGACCCAAAAAAUGCCUUGCAAGCAGAAAAGAACCUGCCAAAUCACCAUGCUAGCUUUGAAAUGACUAUGCAUGAUGGAAAGCCACCCAAGAAAGAGGUGGAAGGGAUGAAAUCAGAGAGAGGCUCGAAUAAAGCUAAUGUGAAAAUGGAUAGGCACCAAAGCAACAACAUCCAAACGAGCCAAAGCACAGGAAAGCGAAAAACUGUUCAGGACAAUACUAAGACCAGAGAGCAGAAAGGGAAAGAACGAGGUGAAACAAGAGAAUUAAUCCGAAAGCCUGAGCUGCAUCAAAUGGCAUCACUGGCACAAAAUGGAGCGGGAUCUGCACUUACAAUGCAAUGGCAAAUAGAGCACAACGCAAGUAUUCUUGAAACAGAAAAGAGAGAUGAAAACAGGUACAUUUACAACGAUCAACCGAAGUCCUCCAAUGAUACUGGAUUCCGACAGCCUCAAACAUUCCAGAACUUUGAACAAGAAGACACAAAACAUCAUGCUGGAGAGAGAGAGUGGCAGAUUGCUAGACAGAAGAUUCAAGAUAGAACUCAAAAGGCGAGUACUGAAGUAAUGUCCAAGAACACGACUGCCCCCAUGAACGACAUUGUGAAUUCCCAAAAAAGGCAUUCACAGACAAACCAGGCAACUCCUAGCAGUAGAAGUUCUAAAGAAUCAGUUGAUGGAGUGCCAUCCAAAGGGUUUCCAACUGGCAGGCAACAUGAAGAUCUUGUCUACGGAAUAAGUUCUAAUAAUAUCCAGGCUAGCUUGAAAGAUUCAAAGACCAUGAACUCGAAUCAACAUUGCUCCCCAAUCGAUCUGAAACAUGAUAUGAUGAAGAAAAUCAGCAAUCCAACUAUGCAAGAAAAGCAAGCUCAUCCACCAGCCACACAGAAUGUGAUGAAUACCAAGGGACUAAAAGCUAAGACUCCUCGAAGGAUUGAUGAACUAGUGACAAGAAAAAGCGGAACCCCACACAGCUUGGCAAGGCCGCAAAAACAUCAGACUUCUACAUCGCAAGAAGGUAAACAGAAAAGGCGCGAAAAACUUGGUGGCAAAGUUGAACAAGUGAGAGCCAUCAGGUCUAGAGAAGCAGAGGCACGCAUUGUUAAAUCCAGCAAAUCAAUGGAAAUCAUCCAGCAAUCGGAUGUGUUGGAAGAUCUGCAUAGUAAAGUUGAACAAGCAUCCAACUAUUAUAGUCCUGUGGAAGACAAAAGCCAAAUCCUGAAAGGACCAAAUAUCCUAGUUCAAACAGACAGUUGUCAAAGCACAGUCUCAACGGUGACAAAUGAGCAACAAGGUCAGAAAUUGGGCAGGGAUCAACAGCAAUCUCACAACUUUGUUUUGGAUUCACUUAAUGGAACUCGUCAAAACAGCAAAGAUAUUGCUGAACCCUCAAAAAUGGAGAAGCAAAAAGCAUCGAAAUUGGUGGCACCAGAGCCACUAAGUGAAAGUGAAAACCACCUGAAGCUGAUCCUGAUAAGAAGUCAACUAUUCCUUAACACAGUAGAGGCACUGUUCAAACUCGACAUCCCUCUGGGCAUUCUCCGUACUGGUAGUGAAGAGUAUCACGACGAAGAAAGCAAGCUCAUAUUAGACUGCGGAUACGAGAUAAUGAAAAGGAAAGGAAAAAAGGAAGAGCUCAGUGUCCAUCCAUUGAUGGAAAUAUCUACAACUUGUGUUAAGGUGAAAUCUUUGGACAAGUUGAUCAAGGAAUUGCACAAAGACUUGGAGAAGUUGAAAUUCUACGGUAGAAAUGGUAAUGCUGAGUGUCUUGUUGAAGAUUACCUGCCGAAAAUGGUGGAAUGUGAUGUGUACAGCUGGGAUUUAGAUGUGAACUGCAUGUGGGACUUCGGUUGGGACAAGAUGUUUGGAUUUCUUGAAAAAGAUGAUAUUGUAAGGGAUGUUGAGAAGUCCAUGCUUAAUGGCCUACUCGAUGAAGUUACCAGAGACCUUCUGCCAGUAUUUUGAUUGGACUGAAGAAUAAUUAUUUCUCUAUAAAAGAGAGAGGACGCAUUUUCUACUGAUUUUUUUGGUUCAAAUGUAAUGCUUAUAUGCAGGAUUGUGUGUGAAUAAUACAUUUCUACUGCCAGAAUUCUGUUCUCAGAGUAAGCUCGUUAGUUAUCCCUUAAAAAUUGUUGGCAGAUGACAUCAAUUCAUCAGUUAAUGAAUUGGAAAGUAGAUAGAUAUGAACAAAAGUAAAGCACGCCUGUUGAAGUUUC